AUGGAAAAGGGCGGCAAGAGAAAAAUCAAGGACGACGGCGUCGGCAAAGAUGAUCACGGAGGAAACGAAAAAAAGAAAAAAAAAAGUAAAGUAGAAGCGAAACCCACAAACAAUAAGAUCCACAGCUGUCUCAACAUUCACAACAAUGUACUGAUAAAAAUGGUUAACGAGAACAAACGAAAAUUUGAAAAAGUAAACAAUGUGGAGACUAUGUACACAAAGAUAAAGGCAAGCAUUACUUCGCUCAACGUGUCAAGUGUGCUAAUGGAUCACUAUAAUUCGUUUAUUUACUACGAAAAGAACAAAAUGGACUUCCUCCUUCCCGAGUUGGACGCAAUAGUCAAUUCGUCCAAUAUCGAUGUGCUCAAGGGACUAAGCGAGUUAUCCUUUUUCCCGAUUUACCACGAAACGCUGAGAAAAAGAAUAAUCGAAUGGCUCGCCAAAGAUAGAGGAAAAAAACAAACCGACAAUGAAGAUCCCGAGAAUAUGAGCAUGUCUUACUGGUUUAGCCUGAACCUCCUCCUGACGUAUCUGAUUUACAAAAAUGACCAGUACUCCAGUUAUGCCUCCCUGGUUCACCUGAAUUUGUUGCAGUGGAUGCAGCGUGACAAAAGAAGGUUACAUUUCCGCCUGUUUACACUGAAAGGAAUUCUGAAGCGGUUUCUAACUUGCUCCUUCUACUUCAACGACAAGGAAGUGGCGAAACUGGAGAAGGUGGACAGUGAGGAUGGGAAAAAUGAAAACGAAGGGACUGUCCUAAAAAAUGUAUUCAUGGCUCUGAACGAAAGCAUAGAAUACCUAGAUGUAAGCAACUUGGUGAACAUAAACGACAAAAAUUGUAUCUUCGAGUUAAUCAAAUUUUUUCUCCAAUUGGUAAGGAAGCCACUAAUUAAUUCUAUCCAUAUAUUGUGUAUUAACUAUCUGAUAAAAAUAGUGAGAAGAUGUUAUGACUUGAGGUUGACUUAUAACAUCAACGUGGAGCUCUAUGACAUCGGGCCGGAGGUUAACAUCUUUGUCAAAAUAGUGAACCUAAUUUUUGCGAAGAUAUUGUUACUCUUGAAGGAGACAAGGAAUGAAGAGAGUAUAUACUCUGUGGAUCAGAUUAACAAUAUGAAUAACUUAAUUAUUUUGUUUUUCACCAACGUUGUAAAUAGUUGCAUUCGGGUCAUUGUUCCUCAAGUUCUCUUUAAUGAGAAGCUCAAGCGGGAUUACUUGUCUGCCAGGGAAGGCACUUCACCUGUGGAGAGCCAACUGUGCUUCGAGGACCAGGUGGUGGCCAACGCGUGCAACCCUGUGUUCUCUUUCAUCGAAAUAUUCAUCAUUAACAACCAUGACCGGAGCGAAAGGAACCUUUUCCUGGACUUAAUCAAAUCGUUAGUCAAAUUGUGCAGGAAAAUAGAAAGCAAAUACAACGUCAUGCGAAUCAUAUGCGAUGAGUACAUGCUGUUCGUUAAGGACGACGAGAACAAGAAGAGAGAUUCCCGAUUUUUGGACAAGAACUAUUUAAGGGUUCGGAAAAUUAGCAGGAAGAGGAUCGACUCCAGUGCAUCGUUCACGCUGGAGGAUGAUUGCAGCUCGUCUGUGUGCUCCGAGUCGGAGGGGGAGGAAGUGGGUGGCGUCGAGACUGAUCCAGAAGCUGACGCUGACGCACCGGAUGGCGCAUUGGAUACCGUCGAUCCGGCCACUCUGGACCACCCCACAGAGCCAAAUGGGGAAGAUGCCCCCCACGAGACCCACAGAAGGACUAAGAAAAAGACGAACACCUGGGCAGCGAAAAAUAGGAUACAAAACAAGAGAAAGUCCACCCUUGUAGUGGAUCAAAAAAGCUACUCCAUCACCUACGAGUCAGUUAUGGUGAGAUACCUAAAUAUUCUCAUAAAAUAUAUCAACUGCGAAAAGUAUCAAAUAAGGAGCAUCAUUCUAGAUCUAUUCCUAGCCUUGAUGAAGAAAAAAAAAACGAACAAAAAUGAAUCCAUUUUCUUGAAAUUGUUUAAAUUAUUUCUAGAGAGGUUAGAAGACCCUAACAUGGUUGUCAGGGCAAAGGCACUAUCCAUUCUGGGAAUCUUAACGAACAGAAAAUAUCAUAACAAUAAUUCACUUGUGUAUAAAUUCAUAUUUAACAAAACGAAGGAGAAAAUUAACAUGUACAAAAUCAUUUCGGGAAAUAUUUUUAGCCACAAAAGUAACAUCCGCAAAUUGACGGUGCAAUAUAUAGAGGCCAUUUUCGAAACCCUUAUAGGGAAAAAACUAAGCUAUAAAUUAUUUUUAAUUUUUAUUUCCAACUAUAUGUACUGUUUGUCCCUGGACGCCAUGCCAUCUGUGAGAAGACAAAUUCUCCUGACUGUGAAUAAUCUGUUUAUUAAUGCAAGUGAAGACGUGUAUGUAGCCAAAAUGUGGCUGUCUAUCAUCUUGGCAGCCAUAACGGAUAUAGAGGAGACGGUGAAGGAUGAAGCCAUUUCACUUUUCUUAAAUACAUUCAUAAAAUCUGCUUUUCAGUGCCCCAUUUUGAAGGCAAACGAGAAGACAAUAAAAGAAGUUUUGGCCAAAAAUAAACUCACAUAUUUUAGGGCGACUCGUCAACCAUGGUCCGUCUCAUCAAGUAGGCACAGCCAUGCUGGGCGGGAUGAAGAAGCGGUUUAUGGGGCAAUCGGGGAAACGGCCUAUGGGGAUGUUGGAGAAACAGUCUAUCAGGGUGCUGCUGCAGAGAAGGGGUCCACCUCUACCAGGGGGAUAAUAACACCCCACGAGGGAGACUCUGAAUUUACGAAGGAAAAAAACAAAAGUGAAAAGAAGGAUAACCGAGACGAGUGCGAUAAAAAUAACAACGGGGUGCUACUUCUUAUAGACACAUGGAAGACCUACUUCGGGGAAGACGUGACCAACUACUUCUUAACCCUUUUGAGGACGAUGAUCAAAUACGACCUGCAGAAUUUCAACCUGAUGAUUUUUUGCCUCAAGCGGAAGAAGAAUAACAGCCUCGAAGAGUUCAUCAGCGUACUGAACUCCUUUAUGUACAACCUGCGCUACUUUUCCAUAAAGAUGUGGAACAUUUUCCUGCUCGAUUUUGUCAUAGAAUUGUCUAAGGAGUAUCGGCACAGCGUGGAUAUCGGGAAUGUUCUCUUCCUCCUGAGAAGAUGCUACCGAGUGUAUCUGCUGAGCGCCCCGGUGGGGGGGCCCAUCCACAUAGAUAGCGCUGUUGGCGGUGAUGGCGUUAAUCGCGUCGAUCGCGGUGAUGGCAACGAAAUGACCAAGGCAAAGAGGCACGGGGACCGUCCAACCGAAGAGCCCACCGACGACAUCCUCACGAGGGAAGAGUUACUGGACGAGAUGAACACCUGCAGCAAAGGCGUCCUAAAAAACAUCAUGCUGAAGCUUUUUACCAUCGUUUAUAACUUACUAGACACGAUAGAAGAGCUGAAUGAAGAUUUUAUGAAAAAUUUGGAGUAUGCCAUUUUUCAAUUCAAUUGUCCUCUGUGUCUAAUUUAUAUCAUUUUGAAUAUCCUGAUUAAGAAGAAAAAAGACAACGUGAGCGAAUUUAUUGACAAGCUGAAAUAUAAGAUCUGCUUCUUCUUCGAAAUUGUAGAAUCUGUUCCGCAGGACAUAGUCUUCUGCAACAUUUUAAUCACCUUCAUAUUUCUGAUGAAGCACUUUAAGAAGGAGGAGAUGAUGCCCUUUCUGACCACAGCUAGUCAGAAGCUAAAAAAAAUCUACGACCAGGUAGUAACCAAUGGGGCAAAUGACAACAACAGUAUCAUGGUAAGGAAUUGCAUUUACCUAACUCAAAGCGUUUUAUUAAUCGACAAGGGGGUAAACCUGAGAAAUGAUUUAUUUCUGAGCAUCGAAAGGGAUUUAAAAAAUGGAAACACUUCUAUGAACAUCCUGAACAAUCUAAUCAUCCUGACUUACUACAUGAUCAUAAAUUUCGGAAGCUCAUGCAACAAGUUUGUGUACCUCCUGCUGCGGUUCUUCAAGCACGAAAAUAGUUUUAUUCGUUAUUUGUCCUUUUAUAUGAUAUCCAAAUUGAUAUCCGAAGAUUACAUAAAAUUUAGCAACCACUUCUUCUUCGCAUUUCUGUACCUCCUGGCGGAUAAGAACGAAACGAUACAGAAGCAGUCCCUGUCCGUUUUUAAACACAUCCUUCUCAUAUACAACAAGGCGAACCUAAUUAACUACAUCAUUGAGUUCAUUUUUGUUCUGAACAAUUUUUACCAUUUUAAGAUGAGCAAACAUUUGGCCAAUAUCGGGAACAGUUACGAGAUAAAAGAGAAAAAAGACCGCUACACCAUAUAUCACUUUCUGCUGGAAAAUCUAAACAAUAGUGAGAAGUUUUCCCUCCAACAGAAACUGAUUAAUGAUUAUCUAAUACAGUAUGUUUAUAAUUAUGAUAACUUUUACUUCUGCGAAGAAGACAUCAAUGAGAAAAAAAACGGGAACAAGCGAAAUGUGAUCCCCUUGAAUGAUGAAGAUAAUGAAGGGGCGGUGCUACAGGAUGUCCUAAAUAUCUUGUCAUCCAAAUUAAUGAAAAUUAAAAUAAAAAAAGAUUUUACCAAAUUGGAGGAAAAAAACAAAAAUCUCAAAUUGAAAAAUGUGGAGAAUAGUGUUAAAGUUCUUAACGAUUUGAUGAAAAAUAUUUUAAAAAAAAAUACCCUCCCGAUUUUGCUAUCCCUCAGGGCAAUUAUGCUUAAGGCGAAAUCUUUUUUCUACAAACAUAUAAACAAUUUGAUUAUUUACCUCUGUCUGGAUUAUCGAGAUUCUCUAGAGGAUCUAAUCCCAGAGGUGCACGUCAGAAAUGAGCUCGCCAAUGACUUACAAAAUUUCACCUACGUUGACUUAAUCCAACUGCACACGGAUCAGGAUGACCCCUUUCGGAAGAACAACAAGGUCGUUAACAUCAACGUGAACUUUCUGGAGCUGUCUCAGAACGAGGCCAUCGAGGAGAGCCGCGAAUGGGAACACCACCUCGAGAUGGACAAAAGGUCGACAGAGGACUACCGGCACAGCGACAGCGAAAGCGAUUACGACGAGGUCCACAAUGUGCUCCACGGGAUUCACGACGUUCGGGGGGGCGACGUAGGAGUGCAUAGGAGAGGCGCGAAUGGAAGAAGCGCGAAUAGGAGAGGCGGGAACAGGAGGGGCGCCACCAGGAGGGCCGCUAAUAAUUUAACUUAA